GCAAUGUCUCUCUAGGCCCAGGUGUUGUGAGGCAAGUCAGGAAAGAGAGGAGAAGGGGGCGAGGAUUAAUUUAAGGACCAGGUGUGAAGCUAGGAAUAUAAAAAGGGAGGAAAUGGAAGGAGGCUGGCAGGAGAAGAAGAAAGCUGAAGUAAAAGACACCUUGUGUGAGAACCUGUGACUGACUCAAGGUCACAUCAGCAGGUGCGUGUGGAGGAGUCGGGAAUCAAACCUGGUUCUCCCAGAUGCUGAGAGCUGUGCCAAGCAGCAUUCUACUGACCUGGAAUCUUUCUUCGGAUCAUGGUAAAGGCAUAUCUGGAAAAGCCAAUACCCAUUCUACAGAAUGGAUAUUAAUGGGACCGGACAAUGCUUGGAUAUAUCAAAAUAUCUGGAAAAGUAUUACCUUUCCACCAUGUAUGCUCUUGAGUUCAUAUUUGGCAUCACUGGCAACAGUGUGGUUGUUUUUGGCUACGUAUUCUGCCUCAAAAACUGGAGAAGCGGCAACAUCUACCUAUUCAGCCUAACACUGUCGGAUUUUGCAUUCCUUUGCACCCUUCCCUUGCUGGUGUCCAGUUAUUCUAGUGGAACAUGGCCUUAUAAGAUCGUUUGGUGUCAAGUCAACAGGAUCAUUCUACAUGCCAAUUUAUACACAAGCAUCCUUUUCCUUUCCUUUAUCAGUUUUGAUAGAUACCUGCUCAUGAAAUACCCUUUCAGAAAUCAUUUUCUGCAGAAAAAGAAUGUGGCUGUUGUUUUCUCCUUUGCCAUAUGGGUCUUAGUUUCACUGGAAUUGCUACCCAUGAUAAUCUUCAUAAAAGUACAGGAAGACAACAGCACUAGCGAAUGUAUGGACUAUGCAAGUUCAGGAGAUGCAGCCCAAAGCCUCAUCUAUAGUGUGAUCUUGACAAUUGUUGGUUUCAUAAUUCCCUUGUGUAUCAUGUGCUCUUUUUACAUCAAGACGCUUCACUUCCUUAAAAGCCGCAGCUCACAGCUCACUGCGGCCAUGACUCUUGAGAAACCUCUCACAUUAGUCAUCAUGGCAAUGAGUAUCUUUUCACUGCUCUUCACUCCCUAUCACAUCAUGCGCAAUGUUAGGAUUGCUUCUCGCACAGAACUAUGGGAGGUGUCUGAGUGCACAAGAAACAUAAUCAACGUUGUUUAUAUUAUAACCAGGCCUGUUGCAUUUUUGAACAGCGCAAUUAACCCCAUCUUCUAUUUCUUCAUGGGAGAUCACUUCAGAGAUAUGCUGACAAGCAAAAUAAGACACCUCUUUAAAAGGCCUACGUCUUGUUGCAAACAAAGUGAAAUGUCCCUCUCUGUCUGGCUUGGAAAGAGAAACCUACAUUGUACCAAUGAAGGCACAACCAGUCACAGAGAAAGCUGAACAGCUUUGGUUUAUGUGACAAAAUGUUUCCGUUUUAGUUUUAGAAACUAACUGAGCAAUAUAAAGAACUCUCCUGGUCUUUGCUUCAGCUGGCAAAAGGAAAUAAAUCCUUAUCACGA